AUGAAGUAUUUAUCGCGGUUAUUUCAACCGGUGAUAACAAUACCUAAGGGGGCGAAAAUUAAAAACACUGAAAUAACAUGUAAAAGUCAAAAACUUCUUCUAGAAUGUGGUCUAAUUCGUCCAACGAGUGCCGGAUUUUUCACAAUUCUUCCUCUGGCUAGACGAGGAUUAGAUAAAUUAGAACAGCUUCUUCACUCAAACCUUCAAAAAGUACAUGCUCAAAGGAUUUCACUUCCCUGUCUGACGUCUGCUAAGCUCUGGGAAAAGACUGGCAGAUUAGAAAGUAUUGGUUCUGAACUGUUCACAAUGGAAGACAGGCAUGAGAAAAAGUUCUUACUAGCACCGACACACGAAGAGGCUAUAGCCGAUUUGAUGGUUGACAUUGGACCUGUAUCUUAUAAACAGCUGCCGUUACUGUUAUACCAGAUAACAAAUAAAUACAGAGAUGAGCUAAGACCGAAGCAUGGUCUGUUGAGAGCGAGGGAAUUUCAAAUGAUGGACUUAUACGGAAUCCAUAAUGAUGUUAAAUGUGCUGAAGGCACAUAUUCAAAAGUGACACAGGUUUAUAAGGAUUUCUUUAGAGAGCUGGAUCUGCCGGUACAUCAAGUGGUAGCGCCCUCUGGUGACAUGGGCGGUACACUAUCCCACGAGUGGCAACUUCCAGCAUCAGCUGGAGAGGACUCGCUAGCCAUAUGUCCGUCCUGCUCACACACCCAGCUUGACAGUAAGGCAUGUGUACAAUGUGGGAAAGAGAUGACGAUACUUCAGAGUAUUGAGGUCGGCCAUACAUUCAUCUUGGGAACAAAGUACAGUGAGCCACUACAAGCGAAGUGUGUCCAGCCGGAUUCGAAACCCACACCGUUGGUUAUGUCGUGCUAUGGCAUCGGGAUUACGAGAUUGUUGGCAGCGAGUUUAGAAGCGUUAUCGUCAGAGACCUCUCUCAGAUGGCCGAAGUCCAUAGCCCCGUUUUCAGCUAUUGUCAUAGGUCCCAAGGAAGGCUCAACAGAGUGGUCUAAGCACGGCGCAGACGGAAUAGAAGCAGUUGCCCACGCGCUGGAUGAAGUGUUACCCGAUGACGUCAUAGUCGAUGACAGACAUAAUCUGACAAUUGGCAAACGGUUGCUCACAGCGGACAGAAUGGGUUAUCCGUACAUAUUAGUUUGUGGAAGGAACUCCGUCGUGAAACACCACCAAGAUACGAACUUUACACAAACGGACGGCGAGAACCGAUAUUAG